CUGAUUGUCAAACUUUCCAGAUGGCUGCCUCCCAAUAAGUCGCUGGGAGAAUUUGUGACCGAUCUCGGACCUGGACAGGUCGUCGGCAGACAGGUUUUGGCUAGUCCUUGCCUAGGCGAAAUUCAGAUAUGCAUGGUAGAGCGCAAAGAAAACUUAGAAAUUAAAAUUGUCCGAGCCAGGAACCUGAGCAAGAAGCCGGGCGCCAAAUGCUACCCAGCGCCGUACGUGAAGGUCUAUUUGCUGGACGGCAAGUCCUGCUUGGCCAAGGCGAAAACGGCAGUGGCCACUCGAACGCCAGAGCCAAGGUUCGACCAACAUCUGAUAUUCACGGCACCUUACGGCGGAAAGAUGCUGCAGAUUACGGUGAUGGGCGACUACGGACGCAUGGAACGACGAUCGAUCAUCGGCAUGGCCAUCAUACGCCUGAGCAGCUUGGAUCUGUCGCACUCGGUCGAAGGCUGGUACAAACUGUUUCCUACCAGCGCCGUCAUCGGCCCAGAUCAGGUUAAGAAGGAAGACCCAACAUGA